ACCCUUUUUCACCACAAACAAUGCAAACCUUGCCGCUCUCCUCCGCCGUCUGCUCCUAUUUUCCGAUACGACGCCGUCGAAUCACCACCGCCUCCCCCCGCCAUUCCAACCUCAAGCGUCUCACCUCCCGCGUCGUCCAGCUCACUCGCCGCAGACAGCUCCACCAGAUAAUGGAGGAGAUAGAGAUAGCAAAAGGAAGAUACGGGAAGCUGAAUACUAUAGUGAUGAAUGCGGUGGUGGAGGCGUGUGUCCACUGCGGCGAUAUCGACUCUGCGCUUAAGGUGUUCGACGAAAUGUCUAAGCCAGGGAGCUGCGGCGUUGAUACCGUCACCUACGCCACUCUUUUGAAGGGAUUGGGCGUUGCGAGAAGAAUCGACGAGGCAUUUGAAGUGCUUGAAUCCGUGGAACGCGGUGUUGCUGUGGGCAGUCCAAAGCUAUCAGCGCCUCUUAUAUUUGGACUGCUCAAUGCUUUAGUUGAAGCAGGAGAUUUGCGCCGAGCUAAUGGGCUUCUUGCAAGGUAUGGUUUUCUCCUUAGAGAAGGCGGCAGUCUUUCGCUCACAGUCUACAACUUAUUAAUGAAGGGUUGUAUUAAUUCAGGCCUUCCUCAGGGUGCGAUAGAAAUGCAUGACGAAAUAAUACAUCUAGGGUUGAAGCCUGAUAGGCUCACGUAUAAUACUCUAAUAUCUGCAUGUGUAAAAGCUGGGAAGUUGGAUGCCGCAAUGCAAUACUUUGAGGAAAUGAAGGAUGAAGCGCAGAAAUCUAGUGAUGCUGGUCUCUUCCCUGAUGUCAUCACUUAUAGUACAUUACUUAAGGGUUUUAGGGACACCAAAGAUAUCCUUAUGGUUCAUAAGAUUGUUUCAGAAAUGAAAACAUAUAUUGGUUUCUCAAUUGAUCGAACAGCAUAUACGGCGGCAAUUGAUGCUUUUCUAAAUUGUGACGCAAUAAAGGGUGCUUUAUGUAUUUUCGGAGAAGUAUUAAAGCAGGCUGGUGGAAAUCCAGAGUUGCGACCAAAACCUCACCUCUAUCUUUCCUUGAUGCGUGCCUUUGCUGUUAGAGGAGAUUAUGGCAUAGUAAAGAGUCUGCAUAAGCACAUGUGGCUAGAUACUGCUGGAACUAUCUACCCGAUGAUUCAUGAAGAAGCUGAUCAUCUUGUAAUGGAGUCAGCUUUGAAUGAUGGGCAGGUAGAUUUGGCCAAAAAUUACCUUGGAAGCAUCAUUACAAGGUGGAAGAAAAUAUCGUGGACAAGUCGAGGAGGCUUGGUAGCUCUACGUAUAGAGGCGUUGUUGGGAAACACAAAUUCGAUAUUGACUCCUUAUCUACUCCCUCAGGUAUUGGGUAGUGAUCCGAUUGAGAGUGUGAUGAUGCCCUUUGAAGCAGCUCGGCCACUUCUUGGGACUGUGAAGUUGAACAAGGUGGCUAUGCGUUUCUUUAGAGAUUCAGCAGUGCCGAUCAUAGAUGACUGGGGUAACUGCAUUGGAGUACUGCACCGUGAAGACUGUAGAGAGAUGGACGCCCCUCUUUCCUCAAUGAUGAGAAGCCCACCUCCCUGUGCCGUAACAACAACAUCGAUCAGCCAUGUGGUGGAUCUAAUUGUGAAGCACAGAUUUAAAUUGGUAGUCAUAGUAAACCAUAGUUCGUUAUUUGGUGGUACCGCAAAUUUGAAGGCUGUUGGUGUUUUUACAGCUGACCAACUGUGUAAACUUGUCGCACCAGAAUCAGUAACGCCGGGAUUAAAACCUUCUUUCUGUAGAAGUUUGUGCUGUGUAUGAGAUAGACUAUAUCCUGCCCUUGUAAAUACAAUUUUGUUAUAUAUAUUCUAGUGAAAAUAUUAUCCUCG